AAAGCACAAAACUCAACAAAAUGGGCUCCAAAGCGCCCCCACUGGGCACACUUGAUGAAAACACCGCGCUGAACAGACGUUUUUUGCCUCAAAUCUUUUGCGGCCGCAAUCGAAAAUCGCGACCAAUUUCGACGGCGGAGAAAUUGCCAAACGCGGCGUAACAAACAAAACACGUUUUUGAAGCUCACCACGUAGGUACGGCGGUGGGCGAAAGAGAGUAGCAAAGCGGACGCGGCGAUAAUUUGCCAAAUAACAGUGAAAGAAGACGCGUAAAGCAAUUAAAAGUAAAAAUCGUAGAAAGUGAAACAUAAACAAAUAAGGUGCUGCGCAGCAAAAAAAAAAGUGAACGGUAAACAAUAAACCACCAUUCACCAUUGUGUGUGCAGCAGUUAAGAAGAAGCAGAGAAGAGGAAAAGAAGAUCGAGCAGCAACAGCAGCAGCAACAAAAACAACAACACGCAGAACAUUUACUGCGCCGCAGCUUUUUUUACCGUUGUAGUCGGCUCUCAUCAUCCAAAAAAAUUUGAGAACGAACCCGAGGACAGCCAUCAAUUAAAAGCGAAGAGCAUUGGAAAAUCGAGGAACGGCAGUGGAAACUGCGAAUUUUCAGCUUUUUGCGCAGAUUUCGGAACGCCAAAGCGGAGGAGCAGCAGAAGGCCGGAAGGCGGGGCAAGGCGACGUCAUUGAACGCAUAGAUCCCGGACGACGCAGCCGUAGAGCUGUUGUCCGGGACGGAGAACAACAACAACAACAAGCGAAGGAGGAGGUGGAGGAGGAGGCGGGCGGAGGACGGACUACGGACUACAAGAGUCACCCACGCACCUAUUCUCUCUCAAGUAUCGAAACCUCUUAAUGCAACACAAUGAUCUCAAACAAAAAGUCGUACGCCAUGAAAAUGCUGCAGCUGGCUUUGGCCCUGAGUCUGCUGCAUUACAAUCCGGAUUAUCUGCUCCAUCGCUGGGACUCGCAGCUGGAACUGGGCACCCACGGCGAUGGAUGGGAGCUGGAGAUGCUGCGCACGGUACACCGCCUGGAUAUGGAUCAGAAUCCGUAUGGCAAUCGCAAGGGACUGAGUCCUCGGAUUGAGGAUCUCCUGAACUUCGACGAUGACUCCUUGGGCGGCCUGGCCAAUGGCAUGGGCGAGUACAAACUACCACCGAGAUUCAAUGGCAGCACCUUUGUAAUGAAUCUGCACAACACCACCGGGAAUAGCAGUGUCCAGACGGCAGCUCUGCAGGAUGUGCAGAGCACCAGUGCUGGAGCCACUGGCGGUGCAAUAGGAGGUGCACCCACGUCUGGUGGUCCAACUAGUGGUUCUGCUUUGGGAGAAAUCCACAUUGACACCGCCUCGCUGGCCGCUGGAAAUGCCAAUCAUUCGCUGUUGCAUCCAACACCUGAAUUGGACACUUUCCUAUCGCCACAUGCGCUGCAGGAUCAGCGUUCCAUUUGGGAACAGAAUCUGGCGGAUCUCUAUGACUACAAUGAUCUGAAUUUGCAGACUAGUCCCUAUGCAAAUCUACCUCUUAAGGAUGGCCAGCCACAGCCACCGAAUAGCUCUCAUCUGGAUCUCAGCUUGGCGGCGCUGCUACAUGGAUUCACCGGCGGCAGUGCCCCGCCCCUGAGCACAGCCGCCCUCAACGACAGCACACCACAUCCCAGGAAUCUGGGCAGUGUCACAAAUAACUCGGCUGGCAGGAGCGAUGAUGGCGAGGAGAGCCUCUAUUUGGGUCGCCUGUUUGGAGAGGACGAGGACGACGAUUACGAGGGCGAGAUGGCCGGCGGAGUGGCCAAUGCCUGCGAGGUGGAGGGUCUGACCACCGACGAGCCCUUUGGCAGUGCCUCCUUCGCCAACGAGGUGGAAAUCGGAGAUGACGAGGAGGAGAGUGAGAUCGCUGAGGUGCUCUACAAACAGGAUGUGGACUUGGGCUUCAGCUUGGAUCAGGAGGCUGUCAUCAAUGCCUCCUAUGCCAGCGGCAAUAGCGGCGCCACCAAUGCCAAGUCGAAGCUGGAGGAUGAGGCCAAGUCCUCGGAUCCCUCGAUGUCGGAGUCCAGCGGCUACAAGGACACCAAUGUUAGCGCCGAGAACGAGGCCACUGCCGCCUCUGCCGACGAUAUUGAGAAGUUGAAAGCUCUGGAGGAGCUUCAGCAAGAUAAGGACAAGGAUAAUGAGAACCCACUGGAGGACAUUACCAAUGAAUGGAACGGAAUACCCUUUACCAUCGAUAACGAAACUGGUGAAUACAUUCGCUUGCCCCUGGAUGAGUUGUUGAACGACGUACUCAAGCUCUCUGAAUUUCCGCUCGAAGACGAGUUAUCCGACGAUCCGGUGGCCUCCACUUCGCAGGCAGCUGCCGCAUUCAACGAGAACCAAGCACAGCGGAUUGUUUCGGAGACCGGUGAGGAUUUCCUCAGUGGCGACGGAGUACCCAGCAAGCAGCGCAGGAUCGGAGCGGAGAGCAACAAGGACAACGAACCGGAGAAGGCGGACGGCGAUAGCUUCUCUGUGAGCGACUUCGAGGAUCUUCAAAACUCUGUGGGCUCGCCCCUGUUUGACUUAGAUGAGGACGCCAAGAAGGAACUAGACGAGAUGUUGCAAUCAACGGCUCCGCCAUACCACCACCCUCAUCCGCACCACGGCCACCACCCUCACGCUCAUCCCCAUAGCCACCACCAUGCGUCGAUGCACCAUGCCCAUGCCCACCAUGCUGCCGCUGCAGCUGCCGCCCACCAGCGUGCUGUGCAGCAGGCCAACUAUGGUGGUGGAGUCGGUGUCGGUGUGGGCGUUGGCGUUGGAGUGGGCGUGGGCAGCGGCACGGGCAGCGCCUUCCAGAGGCAGCCAGCUGCCGGCGGAUUCCAUCAUGGCCAUCAUCAGAGCCGCAUGCCGCGUCUGAAUCGCAGCGUUUCGAUGGAGCGUCUUCAGGACUUUGCCACCUACUUCAGUCCCAUUCCCAGCAUGGUGGGCGGGGUAUCCGAUAUGUCGCCAUAUCCGCACCACUAUCCCGGCUACUCCUACCAGGCGAGUCCCUCCAAUGGAGCACCCGGCACUGCGGGCCAGCAUGGCCAGUAUGGCAGUGGCGCCACUGCUACCUUGCAGCCACCGCCACCACCACCGCCGCACCACGCGGCCAUGUUGCACCACCCGAAUGCCGCGUUGGGCGACAUCUGCCCCACCGGGCAGCCGCAUUACGGGCACAAUCUGGGCUCGGCUGUGACCUCCAGCAUGCAUCUGACCAACUCCAGUCACGAGGCCGAUGGAGCUGCCGCUGCUGCGGCCGCCUACAAGGUGGAGCACGAUCUGAUGUACUACGGGAACACCUCAUCGGACAUUAACCAGACGGAUGGCUUCAUCAACUCGAUUUUCACCGACGAGGAUCUGCACUUGAUGGACAUGAAUGAGAGCUUCUGUCGCAUGGUUGACAACAGCACCAGCAACAACUCCUCGGUUCUGGGCUUGCCCAGCAGUGGACAUGUUAGCAACGGCUCCGGUAGCUCGGCACAACUUGGGGCGGGAAAUCCGCACGGUAACCAGGCCAACGGAGCGACCGGCGGCGUGGGCCCAAUGAGUGGCUCAGCUGUGGGCGCUGGAGCAACGGGAAUGACCGCCGAUCUCUUGGCCAGCGGCGGUGCAGGAGCACAAGGCGGUGCGGAUCGCUUGGACGCGUCCAGCGACAGUGCUGUCAGUUCGAUGGGUUCCGAGCGAGUGCCGUCCCUCUCCGACGGCGAGUGGGGUGAGGGCAGUGACUCCGCCCAGGAUUACCAUCAGGGCAAAUAUGGCGGCCCCUACGACUUUAGCUACAACAACAAUUCGCGGCUUAGCACCGCCACACGUCAGCCGCCGGUGGCGCAGAAGAAACAUCAGCUGUACGGCAAGCGGGAUCCCCAUAAGCAGACGCCCUCGGCUCUGCCACCAACAGCUCCACCAGCAGCCGCAACUGCAGCCCAAUCGCACAGCAUCAAGUACGAGUACGAUGCUGGCUACGCCUCCUCGGGAAUGGCCAGCGGUGGAAUUAGUGAGCCCGGAGCAAUGGGACCCGCUCUAUCCAAGGACUAUCAUCAUCACCAGGCUUACGGCAUGGGAGCCAGUGGAAGCGCCUUUUCCGGCGAUUAUACCGUACGACCAUCGCCCAGGACUUCGCAGGAUUUGGUGCAACUAAAUCAUACCUACUCGCUACCCCAGGGAAGUGGAUCCCUUCCCAGACCCCAGGCUCGCGAUAAGAAGCCUCUGGUGGCCACUAAAACCGCUUCAAAGGGAUCGAGUGCCGGCAAUAGCAGCAGUGUCGGCGGCAACAGCAGCAGCUUGGAGGAGGAGCAUCUGACACGCGAUGAAAAGCGCGCCCGAUCCUUGAACAUACCCAUUUCGGUGCCGGACAUCAUCAACCUGCCCAUGGACGAGUUCAACGAGCGCUUGUCCAAGUACGACUUAAGCGAGAACCAGUUGUCGUUGAUUCGCGAUAUUCGUCGCCGUGGAAAGAAUAAGGUUGCUGCGCAGAACUGCAGGAAACGCAAACUGGACCAGAUCCUGACCCUCGAGGAUGAGGUGAACGCGGUGGUGAAGCGCAAGACCCAACUCAAUCAGGACCGGGAUCAUUUGGAGGGCGAACGCAAGCGCAUCUCGAACAAGUUUGCCAUGUUGCAUCGUCAUGUCUUCCAGUACUUACGGGAUCCCGAGGGAAAUCCCUGCUCGCCGGCGGACUACAGUUUGCAGCAGGCUGCCGAUGGCUCCGUCUACUUGCUACCCCGGGAAAAGUCCGAGGGCAAUAACACGGCUACGGCUGCCUCCAAUGCUGUUUCAUCGGCCAGUGGAGGAAGUCUGAAUGGCCAUGUGCCCACACAGGCGCCCAUGCACAGCCAUCAGAGCCACGGAAUGCAGGCGCAACAUGUGGUCGGUGGGAUGUCGCAGCAGCAGCAACAGCAGCAGUCGAGGCUGCCUCCACACCUGCAACAGCAGCAGCAACAUCAUCUGCAGUCGCAGCAACAGCAGCCGGGAGGACAGCAGCAGCAGCAGCACCGCAAGGAAUGAAAGUACCUGUUGCGAAUUGCCGCAACUAAGAGUUGGUUCACUAGUUUCCAGCGCGGGCAGCAGCAUCGAUCCGAGCAGCAGCAGCAGCAACAGCAACAGUUUGAUUACCGCUACGACAUGUUGAACAACAGUUAUCUGUACUACUGAGCGGCGAUUUGGAUAUUCUUCUUCCUGCAUUAGAUGCCACAUGUUGCUGGCAACACUCGAUGCACCUGCUGCUUUCGGCCCAUUGGAGCUCUUUCAUUUAUCGCACCAAUCCUCCCAUUUUAAUGGUUUACUCAUUUAGUCAGCAUGAUUGUUAUUUAUUUUUUAAUUAAUUGAUUAUUUGGACUCGUCCAAGUCCUUAUUGCGCGCUGUUGUCCCUUCUGGACAGCGCAUGCGAAGCCUUUUACUUAAUUGCAAUUACUAAAAACCAUACUUGUGAUAAAAAAGCUCUUUAACUCCGAAAUCUAAAGCGCUGCGAAGCGCUAGCUGACAGAAAAAUAACCAGAAACAGAUCCGAAAAGUAUGUAAUUAAAUAUGCUUCAGAUGAAUUUGUAAAUCAGUAAACAAAUCACAUUCACAACCAAUCGCACACAUCCAUCUCUCAUCAACGCGUCGUCCAACAAUAUUUGAUGGUGAAACCGCUUACAUCUCUAUAAUAUUAGCUUGUAAAAUAUGAAAACACACAGAUGGAUAAAGAGAAAAAAAUGUAAAAAAUAGACGAUAGGAAAUCACACACAAAAACACAAAUCGAUUGUAAAGGUUGGAAAUAUUGCUGGACAUUUCAUGAAUUACGGGCGUAAGACACUUACAUGUAAGCUAUCAUCUAGUGAGGGAUCUACCACAGCGGUAAAUAGUUGUAAAUCGUUCUAAACUCAUAAGGCAUUUAUCAAAAUCCCAUACACAAAAAAUAACACAAAUUAGCCUAUCACUUCGAGCUAGCCCAUAGCAUCUGUAAAUACAUAACUUAAACUUAGCUAACAUUUAAUCAACCAGCGCUAGGCUACGGAAACUAAGAGUGUGCUAACACACCUCAAAGAAACUAAAAAUAAUACUAAAAACAGAAAAAAAAAGGAAAGAAACGAAAAAUUUAAACAAAAAUAAUGGCUCGUGCUAGAGCAUACCGUUAACUGUCUUUGAAGCGGUUUAGUAGAUAAGCGAUUAAGAGAUAUUAAUAUUUAAUAUUCUUAAACAUGUCCUACAGCAUAAAGAGUUUAACUUUAAACUAAGCUACAGCUACAUAAACAGAUACGAUAUCAACUUAAACAAAUCCGAUACGAAAACAAAACGUAGAUCUAUUGUUAAUAUAGGCAUAUGUAUUUUAAUUGUUGUAAUGAAUUUCGCGCACAUUUGAAAGUCGAUUGUUGCAAGUCGAAAUCGAAAACUACGAAAUUCAAUAAAAAUGCGCAACUUUAAUAAAAAGAUUAUUUGUUGUAAAUGGAAAUUGAACUAAUUACCUACUAGUGUACUACUUCAUAACAAACACAUAACAAGAAACCCCCUUCGCAUAUUCUAUUAACAUAAAUUUUGGUACGAGAAGUGCUUGGACACCAACAAUGUCCUUGAUGCGCCAUCGAGAGCUUCCAAGGAUCUCUGAGCACCUUUGACCAAUCCCUGUACUUGUAUGUCGCUAUAUAUUUGUGUAUGUUUCAUAUGAGAAAUUUGUAUGCUUUAAAAAUGAUAAACUUUUCCUCAGCUAAACAAAGAACGUCAAAAUUAAAGAAAAAACACUACAAAAAUA